AUGCAGAAUAACUCUGAGAUGGUGCUUGUGCUGCAGGGUCUGAACGACUCUCUGACAAACCGUCGGAUCUACUUUGCCUUCGCUCUGACGUCAUACCUCUUCACCAUCUUCGUCAACCUGACGCUCAUCAUCACCGUCUGUCUGGAGAGGUCGCUCCAUGAGCCCAUCUACAUCUUCCUGUGUAACCUUUGCUUUAAUGGCGUCUGUGGAGCGUCAAGUUUCUACCCAAAGCUGCUUCACGACCUUCUGGCCGACGCUCACGUCAUCACAUAUACCGGGUGUUUGACUCAGAUUUUUGCAGUUUACUCUUAUGUUUUCUGUGAGUUCACCAGUCUCACCGUUAUGGCGUAUGACCGCUACUUGGCCAUCUGUAGGCCGCUGCAGUACCAGAUGCUGAUGACGAAGAAGAAGGUGGCGCAGCUGCUGCUGCUCACCUGGAACUUCACACUGCUGGAGACGUUGGUGGGCAUCAUCCUGACCAGCCGCCUGCCGCUCUGCGGACGUCACGUCCCAAAGAUCUUCUGCACCAACUGGGAGGUGGUGAAGCUGUCCUGCUCAAGCACGACACUCAACAACAUCUAUGGCUUCAUCCUUACGUUCUCGCACAUCUCACAGACUGGACUUAUCCUGGUGUCCUACAGCCACCUGGUCCGAGCCUCGGUCAGGUUGCAGUCAGACCGCAGGAAGUUUGUACAGACGUGUCUGCCGCACCUCAUCACCUUGUUAGUGUUCACCGGCUCGCUGACGUUUGACGCCAUGUACUCCCGUUAUGGUGGCGGCAGCACGCUACAGGUGCUGCAGAACGCACUGGCUGCAGAGUUCCUGGUGGUCCCGCCCCUCAUCAACCCAAUUAUCUACGGCAUCAACCUGCAUCAGAUCAGGUCCAAAAUCCUGCUUAACUUCAGCCUCAAACCGAGGAUGCUGAACUCACAUUCAUGAAAACAAAACCAGAUUCUUCAAAAAAGCUUGUUUACCAAAAAACUUGCAUGCUACUUUUAUUUACUAAUAACCUAUUUGUGCACAUGCUCUUACGUAGCAGGUCAUCAGCUGGUCUCAGGUUUGUUCUCGAUCUGUUAUUCUCCACAUGACCUUCUUCAAAGCUGACAUGGUGUUAACAGCUACAUCACAAAAUUAUGGACCUUACUAAAUUAUAAAUCCUGAAUUCCAAAAAAAAAAAAUAUACCUUAAUAGAAAACAAAAAUAGAAGCUACUGGUUUCACCGAAAGAUCACAGAUUAGGUAAUGAAGUUCUGACUGUACUGAAAAUUGCCGUUCUGAAACUACUGACUGACAGUUUCUGUUCGCGGCCUCAGACUGAUGAACAGAUCGCUUCUGUAAAUCGCUCUCAGACUUUCCACACUGUUAUGUAUGGAGGUAAACUUCAGUGGUGAAUGUUGGAUUUUACGUCUCGGUCAUUCACGUUAAUAAAAUUGAUUUCGGUUGCCUGUUAACUGAAUGUACAAAGUCAAAGAAAUCUGACUGAAAAUCAUUUCUGUUUAGAUUAAGAAUUUAAAGAUUUCAGACUUUAUAAUAACAUUGAUCUUCUUAACCUGCUGUCAGUAUUUUAUGAUUUGUAACAACAUGAAGUGACUUAUUUAAGGUCAAAGAAGAAUAAAGAAUAAAAAUAUGACUUCAUCUGAUGAGAAACAACCACACAGCCAGAAGUGAAUAAAAUACAGCCUCAGUGACUCAGUCUUUAAACUCAUAUGGGACUUUUCUAACAAAAACACACAAAGUCAUACUAUUUAAUAUAUUUAUAUUUAUAUUAUAUAAUUUAUAAUAUAUUGUGAAAAAAGUAUUAAGAGUUUUACAAUAAAAAAAAUAUAAUUUUAAUAAAAACCAUAAGAAGAAGGCUAAU